AACUGAAAUUGAAGUGCGCACUGGAAAGAGAGGUCCCCGGAUUCAACUUCAGCAGGCUUGUGGGGAAAAUGCAAUCCUCUGAUUAUCGAAUCAGAGCCUGCUAUAGCAAGCGUAUUUCAUACAGCCGUGAUGAGCUGUCUCGGAUUCUUGCUCUGGACACCUCUUUUAUUCCCCUGUUUUUGAAGUCCUUUUGCAGGUCUUACAAAUUCAGUGUAGAUAGCCAGGUGGACCGUAUUUUAGAGUCCAUAAGAAAUACCCCGCUCUGGUAUGCCAUUGAAAAGGAUAUUCUAAUGCUUGAAAAUCAGGUGCCAAUGUUUGUGCUCAUCCAGGCAUUCCUCUUUAUAACUAACAGUCAGUCAGACACACAAAUGGUGAACACAAGUGGAAGGGAGAUUACGCAGGAUGACAGAAGAUUUCAAGAAUCGAAUCAUCUGGAUGUUAUAUUACAGGAUGCUUGCUUGCAUUUCAAUCCUUUUAUCCGUGAGGAGAAUUAUCUUCCACAGCCACCAGACAGGAACAGCACAGGACAUCUUCUGGACUAUCUCUAUCAUUAUGUUACUACAGCUUCACCUCAACAUCAGUCUAAUCCUCUUCAACAAGGCUGCGUUAUUAAGCUCAGCAAGAUGGUAUCUACUACAACAGCUGGAUACAUUCCAUCUGCAACAGAAUUGAGUGAAGCGGGGAUAAAGUUUGCACCCUAUGAUUCAGGAGAUCUGAGGAAAAUAUGUUUUAAGAAAACAAUAUCUACUUUCUUCUUACCUAAAAUCAAUAUUAAUGAUUUUACAGAGGUUGUGCUAAGAAACUUAGUGGCAUUUGAACUCAAUCUGAAAGAGAAGCAAAAGCCUCUCACACGCUACACAUUUUUAAUGGGCCGACUGAUUCGUACGGAGGGGGAUGUUGCUCUGCUCCAGAGGUGUGGCAUUCUUAAUUGUCAAAUGGAUAGCGAUGCUGAGGUGGCUCGGAUGUGGAACUGUAUGUGUAAAUCAAUCGGGAAAAAUACAUUUGACCCUGUAGAGAAAGCCAUAGACGAAGCACAGAAGUACUACAGAAGCAAAUGGAGAGUUCUUUUAGCCGAGUUUUGGGAAAAACACAGUUCAAAACUGUGGCUGGUUAUACCAUUUUUAUAUGCAGGGAUGAUGCUUUUCUUACAAGCCGCCCAGGUUUUCUGCUUGUUCCAUACCUGCAACAAAUAGUCUGCCUCACAUUAUUCCAUGUAAAUGUUAGAGUUUAGUUGCUCUUGGCAGUAAUAAAGUCCACAGGAUUUAUUGGCUUAUUUAGAAUAGAAGAAAUAUAACUGCUCUGAGGUAAAAAAUAGCUUAUGGAUCAAUAGAACUGAUCUUUUACUUUCAUAGUUGCUCUUAGCAGCAAAAAACUCUAUUGGCUAUGAAAUCAAAGAUAGCUUAUGAAAUGGUAGAAGUAAUCUUGAAUAUGAUCGUGUAAUAAUACUCAUUACAACUUUGAACUUCUAUAUGCUGAAUACCCGCCCCCUUUUCUAUUAAAACAAUUUAAAGCCAGUUACAUAUUCUUUGUUUUGUGAUGAAGAGAAGAGCAAUUAAUUUA